AUGGAGGAAUAAGAAAAUAGAUAACAUAAAAAAAAUGAAAAGCUUGAAAAAAGGAGAAAGAAAGAAAAAGAGAUUAAAAAAAAUAAGAAGAAACAGAAAAAAGAAUAACUCUUACUUAGAGGUGAAAAGCGUUCCAAGUUCUUUGCCUAAAAGGAUAAAAAAGAUAAAAACUUUAUUGAUAGGCAAAAGGUUCUGAAGACCUUUAAGUUAUUCCUUAAAAUCUAUUAAGAUGAUUUAGAAGACUUCUUUUAGCUCUUUAAAUAAUUGGAUGAUGGUAAUGUUAUUGAAACAGCAGAUAUCGAAAAUCCAAAUAUUAGAACGACAUUACAGAAAUUCAUGAAGCAAUUAUAAUUAAAAAAUAGAGGAACAGAAUAAACACCUAUUUUUAAGAAACUGUCUGACAUUAAAUUAGAACCUUAUGUUAGAGGUCUUUAUGAUUAAGUCAUUUAAGAAGUGAAUCAAUAAAAAUUAUAAUCUGAUCUUAGUGAUCAAGAAUCAAGUAGAAGUCAAUCACCUUAAAAAGAAACUAAUAAAGAAAAACAUGAGAAUUUAAAACAAUAAGUAAAUGAAAAAGAUUAAAAUCUGAAAAAAUAAUAAUUGAAAGUUAAAGAAUUAAAGGAAGAAGUUUAUUAAGAUAAAAAAUAUAAUAGAAUUUAGGUUAGAAAUUCUAUGUAUGCUGAUUUUGAAAUUAAACCCAAAAAGUAACUUGAAAAUAAUGAACAACAAUUAGAUUCAUUUUUAGAAGAUUAAUUUUCCAAAGUAGAACAGAAAAAAUAGCCAAUCAAAGAUGAAAAUAUUAGAAAGAAAAUUAAAAUUGAAUCAAAUACUCUAGUCAAUUAAUCUAACCAAAUUUAAACAAACACUAAUGAAAAGAAAUAAAAUAAUUUUAUAUGUAAAAAAGAUUUCAAUCGAUAAACUAACUUAACUUAAGAGAAUUAAACAAAAAAUAGUCUUUUUAUGGUGUAAAUAUAAAAUUAGUUCAUUUGA